CUGCGUUCAGGGUCCGAGGGUUAUAUCAACGCUGGAGCCACGGCGUAGCGCAGUCACACUCCGGGCUCCGUACUCGUGGCUUAUUGGUGCUUUACGCAGGUCUGGCAGCUGUGAUGGACCGCUGGAGAGGCAGGGUGGCCCUGGUGACCGGAGCCUCGGCCGGGAUCGGGGCGGUUGUGGCCAAAGAGCUGGUCCGGCUCGGCAUGAAGGUGGUCGGCUGCGCCAGGAACGUAGAAAAAGUGCAGGAGCUGGCUGCAGAGUGUCAGAGCGCCGGCCACAGCGGCGUGCUGGUGCCCUUCAAGUGUGACCUGACCAAGGAGGAGGAUAUUCUGUCCAUGUUCGCCGCCAUUAAGGCGCAGCACAAAGGCGUGGACGUGUGCAUCAACAACGCCGGCCUGGCUCACCCGGACCACCUGCUGACCGGCAAGACCAGCGCCUGGAGGAACAUGCUGGACUUGAAUGUUCUAGCUUUGAGCAUCUGCACCCGUGAAGCCUACCAGUCCAUGAAAGAAAGAAACGUUGAUGACGGACACAUAAUCAACAUAAACAGCAUCUGUGGACACCAAGUCUUCCCCGUCCCUGACAUACAUUUCUACACGGCCACCAAGUACGCAGUGACCGCCCUGACCGAGGCCUUGAGGCAGGAGCUGCUGGAGGCCAAAACUCACAUCCAUGCCUCAUGCAUUUCUCCUGGUUUGGUGGUGACCGAGUUUGCAUCGCGACUCUACAAGGAAAACAAAGAGAAAGCCGACAAUUUAUAUUCUCAGUACAGGGGUCUGGAAGCAAUAGACGUUGCAAAUGCUGUUACUUACGUCUUAAGUGCACCUCCUCAUGUGCAGAUUGGAGACAUUGUGAUUCGAUCUGUGGAGCAACCCUAGUAGUUUUUCAGCCUAUGAUGGCUGAAUUGGCACGCUCACAAAUCUGUGCGUGAUCUCUUCUCUACAUUUUAAAAAAAGUACUAAUUGUAAACACUAAUCUAAAAUAUGAAAUGUCUUAAUAAAAGCUUUGUUUAAAAGUGGUUUGUUGUAAUUUAGCCUGAUUAUUAAAAGAUGAAGAAAUUACAUUUGGAUCCGCUUAUGACACAACUUGGCCUCUAAUGAAAAUUAGGCAUGCAUCAGUCAUUUUAACUCACCAGCAGAGUUUUCUUUAAAAAACAUC